AUGGUACACGUACGACUUAACGAGCGGGAGACAAACCCAAAUCCCUACAUCAACUUCAUUUCAGUUCUGCCUGUGUCAGAUACGCGUCCGCAAGAGGAAGCUAGGCAGCUUAUGCGAGCUCUAGCCGCUCAAAUAAAGCCAGUCAUGAAAGGACAUGGAUUUUCCAUUAAUAGUUUUGAAGAGUAUGAAUAUAAUCGCGUAUUCGCAGGCAGAAAUUGGAAUAACGGCGAGACAGUAGAACUAGUAUUGCGAGGAGUGAACGGCCUCUUGCUCCCAACCCAUUGGUUAAUCAGUACUUUAUGUCAUGAGCUCGCGCACAUCCAACACAUGAACCAUGGCCCUGCCUUUCAAGCCCUUUGGAAGCAACUUCGUAACGAAGUUAGAAACUUACAAGUCAAAGGAUAUUACGGCGACGGUUAUUGGUCGGCUGGUACGAGGCUCGUCGACUCCGCUCGGGUUGAUGGACAUGGCCCUGAGAGUGGAGAUUUCCCAGAAUACAUGUGUGGUGGCGCUCAUGCCCGCGCCCGUCCUGCAUCUCUCCGCCGACGCCGCCCCUAUAAAAAAGCGGGUCCUGGGAACCAUACCGGUGCUCAAACGGCUAAGCAACGCAAGCCAGGCUCCCGAAUAACUGCUCAAGGCGCAUUUACAGGGGACGGAGUAGCGCUGGCUAAUGAUGCCAACGGUGAGCAGAAAAAUGUGGGUGUAGGAUUUCGAAAGAAAGCGGCCAGCAAGCGUGCUAGGGAAGAACGAGCGCAUGCGGCGGAAAAGAGGAUACGUCAAUUAUGUGGCUCUGGAUCUGGAUCUCUCCCUUCAAAGGAUGAGGAGCAAACUAUCGAUCUCGACACCGACACUGAAGAUGACGGUUCUGCUGAAACAGAUCAAGACCGACGACGGAUAAUGGCAGAGACAAUGGGCGGCCAGGACCUCGAUAAUAUGAAAUCACAAAACCAUAACUUUUAUGCUGACUUCAAACUGCCUUCUCGUGCAAUGGAUUGUGCGAAAGUGGAUUCUCGGAGCUUGGGAUCUUGUGACGUUAAAUUCAUUUCGAACGGCUCAGGUUCAACGGAUGGGAACUCGGCAGCUGGACCGUCUGUCCGGAAGCAGCAGUCCAUCAUCGACCUUACAACAAAUGAUCUUACAGGAAAUGCCAAAGAAUCUCGCAAACAUGAAGCUGAGGAAUUUCGCCCAAGUAAAAGAGCAAAGCCUUCACACACCCUGCAUUUUUUUUUGGCAGAAGAUGAGCGUCCAAAUUCUUCACGGGGUCACCGGGAAAUGGUUGACAGUGAACUUCGACUGAGGAAAAAUGAAACCUCGGGCCUCAUUGCGGCGGCGUCCAGUCACGGGCUAGGUGGCCGUGAUGGUGAUAAGUGCAGCCGAGAAACAGAUCGAGGGUACUGGCCGUGUUUGGGAAGCAGGCAUAAUGAUGCGGAGCAUCUUGCUUGUUCUGCAUGUAGUACGCCUCGUGGUGACGAGACGUGGAAGUGA